AUAAUUGAGAAACCACCGUUUUUUUGUUCCCAAAAAAGAUGUAUUGAGUUUUAUUACUAAUAACCAUCAUUUGCUAAGAAACUACCACACCCAACAUGCAUUUCGUUUGUGUUUUUUCUUCGGUACGUGGCGGUAGGAACGCCCAAGUAGGAAGUAGGGAGCUGCAAGCUGGUUGUUAGCAAUCAAACCGAUGUUGUGAACGAAUGUGGCUACAAUCUUGGGUUAUACAUUUUUCUCCGUUGCUGCAUCUGUUUACCUGAUGCCCGAAUUUAUAUCUUAACAGCAUCCACUCGUCUGUUACAUGUACCGUGAGCAGUUCCACUGGCACUAUGGAACACAUCCGAACGCCAAAGGUCGAACAGGUGAAGUUGCUGGACCGCUUCAGUAACAAGACGAUCACUGGUACGCUGCACCUGACAGCCACCCAUCUCAUCUUUGUGGAGAGCAACUCGACCAACGCGCAGGAGAUAUGGAUCCUACAUCACCACAUCGCCUCAGUGGAGAAGCUCCCCCUGACCACCACGGGCUGCCCGCUGGUCAUUCAGUGUCGCAACUUCCGCCUGGUGCACUUCGUGGUGCCGCGCGAGAGGGACUGCCACGACGUUUACAGCUCUCUGCUCAGGCUACUGCGGCCAGUGUCCUAUGAUGAGCUGUACGCCUUCUCCUACAACCCGAAGCAGAAUGACCAGCAGAGAGAGGAAGGCUGGCAGCUCAUUGACCUCGGCGCUGAGUUUGAGCGCAUGGGGGUACCAUGUGACCAGUGGCAGCUCACCAAUGUCAACAGAGAGUACAAGGUGUGUGACACAUAUCCCAGAGACCUGUACGUGCCCAUCACUGCCAGUACGCCCAUCAUCGUUGGCAGCUCCAAGUUUCGGAGCAAAGGCAGAUUCCCUGUCCUUACCUAUUUCUACCAGGAGAAGAAGUCAGCCAUGUGUCGGUGCAGUCAGCCCCUCUCCGGCUUCAGCGCCCGCUGUCUGGAGGACGAACACAUGCUCCAGGCCAUCAGCAAAACCAAUCACAACUGCAGGUUCAUCUACGUCGUGGACACACGGCCCAAGCUUAAUGCCCUCGCCAACCGAGCCGCAGGGAAAGGCUAUGAGAACGAGGACAACUAUUCCAACAUCCGCUUCCAGUUUGUGGGCAUUGAAAACAUCCACAUCAUGAGAUCCAGUCUCCACAAGCUGCUGGAAGUGAUGGGAACACGCUCUCUCUCUGCCACUGAGUAUGUCAUUGGGCUGGAGAGCUCGGGCUGGUUGAGACAUGUUAAGGCCGUCGUGGAUGCUGCCAUCUUCCUCAUGAAGGCUAUGACAGUAGAGGGCGCCAGUGUGCUGGUUCACUGUUCAGAUGGCUGGGAUCGCACGGCUCAAGUGUGCUCCUUAGGAGCUCUGCUGAUGGACCCAUACUACCGCACCAUGAAGGGCUUUAUGGUACUGAUUGAGAAAGACUGGAUCUCUUUUGGACACAAAUUUGCUGACCGGUGUGACCAGCUGGAUGGGGACUCAAAGGAGGUGUCCCCGGUCUUCACCCAGUUCCUGGAGUGUGUGUGGCAGCUAUCAGAGCAGUUCCCUCAGGCCUUCGAGUUCAGCGAGUGGUUCCUCAUUCAAAUCCACGAGCACGUGCACUCUUGCCAGUUCGGCAACUUCCUAGGCAACUGUCAACGUCAGAGAGAAGAUUUGCAUCUGAAGGAGAAGACUCACUCUCUGUGGGCACACCUGUUGGCGGAGCAGCAGAACUACCUGAACCCUCUGUACGACCCCACCUUAGCAGAGACACAGCCAGUGCUGGAGCCCUCCACACAGCCUUUCCACUUCAAGUUCUGGAGGAACAUGUACCAUCAGUUUGACCGGUCCAUGCACCCCCGGCAGUCUAUCCUCAAGCAUGUGCUGACACUGACAGAAAACAAUCGCGAGAUGGAGAACACCAUCCGCAGCCUGGAGUCUAAGCUCCAACAGUAUGGUGUGAGCGUGUCUCCACUGAAGGUGCGAGUGGCCCCUCGUGAGCGCACCCGGCCCCAACGGCCGCGCUCCCUCAUCCUGGGCGCCCCACUCAGCCGCAAGGAGGCACAGCAGCAGCUGGACGAGGAAGCAGUGGUAGAGGCAGAGGAGGCACAGGAGGAAGAGGGAGAGGAGGACGGGCUGGCCCGCAGCUGCGGCGAACGGACAGUAGAGGGCAGCAGUGCCACGGAGAACGGCUACGGGGAUCUGGAGGAGGCGUUCAGCUCCAAGCCUGAGCCAGCCGUCGUCAGCCUGGAGUUCGGCGUGGCCCGGAUGACAUGCUGAGCUGGAAGGAGGCGCAGGGAUGGUGUCAGAUGGACUGGAGGAAUGGAGUGGGUGGGGGGGCUUGUAGAUAUACGCGGGGAAUGAGGUGUGUAUGUUUGAGUGUAUGUGAGUGAGUGUGUGUGAGUGUGUGAGUGUGUGUGUGUGUGUGUGUGUGUGUACGCUUGUACGCUUGUGUCGUUUGGCAGCAUUGAUGACACUACUCCCUACCUUGGCUGCCAUGUGUUGAGGGGUCGGACAGAUGGCCUUGUCUGUGUUGUAAAAUGGCUGUAAAAGAAAUGUUCUCACAGGCAUCACCUGAAGAUUUUUUUUAAAUAAAGAGACGAAUAUCAAUAGCACUAAAAUGAAUAAAUGGAUGGAUAUUACCAAAAAUCCUCAUUAAGUAAACAGUAUUUCAUUUA